GGCUCGCUCGGAGGGCAGGCAGGAAGGGGGAGCCCGGUGCUCGUUCACCGCUCCCGAACGUGGGCUGCAGGUCCCCUCGGGAGGGUCUCCUUUAGCAGGGACUGACUUUACCGAGGGAGACACCAUCACUCUUCUGGAUUUGUCCAUCCUGCCCUGACAUGGUCCAUCCAUCCUCUGGAGAGAAGGGUCCUCUUCUUAACACCCUGUCCCUGGUGACAGCCCAGCGCUGCCCUGCAUCUAACUGACUGCUGUCUCUGGUGCUCCAGCAACAACCAGCCUUCACACAGGAGAUGGCAGCUUUUGAGAGAGAGUAUUUGAUUUGCUGCCUCUAAGAUGCCUCUCAGUUCUUUCUUCAGAGGGAGAUACAUGGUCCAAGAUACUCGCUCAGGACUAACACAUUUGUGUCUGUGGGAGACUGAUGCUCUGCGUGGCCUUCUGGAAUAUCUCCUGACUUCCCACACAUGCAAACCAUCUCACUUUGGCAUUAAGAGUUUGCUGCUGGAGAUUGCUGCUCCUUCCCUCCCUCCUGUUCCCUGAAGCCUGAACUCUUCUCUGUUCCCUCCAACACCAUGGCCUGUGGAAGAUCCCUGUGUGCAAGUUGCUGCAGGGAGAAACUGAGGUAGAAUUUAAAUGGGGGACUGAGGAGCAAGCAACGUCAUUCGCCAGUUAGCAUGAUCUGGGAGAGUGUGCACUAACUGUCCUUGCCUGGUGCCGUCAGCACUGCCCUUCUUGGAGACUUCACCCUACCACCCAUCCAAGGAAGUCCUGCAGCUUCUGAAGAUAACCAGUUCCUUGGUGUUGUCUCAGAAGCAAUGAACAAUCUGCUGUUUUCCACGGGGACACCACCAACCAAACGAGCUGAGCUCUCUGUGAGGAGGAACUUGCAGCUUGGCCUUGCCCCUAAGGCAGGAGCUGGAUCCAAAUGCAUCCUCAGCCUGCUGUCUUAGAGCUGUUCCUGCUUAAGGUCAAUGAGAACAUCUCCUGCUAAUUCAUCAUGACAUAAUAUCUGGUCUCCUGCUUCAUCCACAGGAUAAGUUUCUUGAUUCCUCUUGGUGUACACAGAUGUGACUCCAGGUGUUGAGCUGCCCUGUCCGACACAGCGUCCUGGGAUGCCAUCAGGAGCUCGAAUGCCCCAUCAGGGGGCUCCCAUGGGUCCUCCAGGCCCCCCGUACGUCGGAAGCCCCUCGGUGCGACCUGGGAUGCCCCAGACUGUGAUGGAAACAACAAGAAAACGCACUGCACCACAGCAGGUCCAGCAGCAGCAGGUGCAGCAGCAAGUGCAGCAGCAGCAGCAAGCUACUCAGAACCGGGCUAGGAGUGCCAAGAGGAGGAAGAUGGCUGACAAAAUUCUCCCUCAGAGGAUCCGGGAGCUGGUUCCUGAGUCGCAGGCCUACAUGGAUCUCUUGGCCUUUGAGCGCAAGCUGGACCAGACCAUCAUGCGGAAGCGCGUGGACAUUCAGGAGGCACUGAAGAGACCAAUGAAGCAAAAGCGGAAACUGAGACUUUACAUCUCCAACACAUUUAAUCCUGCAAAAUCAGAUGCUGAUGACUCUGACGGCAGCAUUGCUUCGUGGGAGCUGCGUGUGGAGGGGAAGCUCCUGGAUGAUCUCAGCAAACAGAAACGGAAGUUUUCAUCUUUUUUUAAGAGUUUGGUUAUUGAACUGGACAAAGAUCUUUAUGGACCUGACAAUCAUCUUGUGGAGUGGCACAGAACUCCCACAACCCAGGAGACAGAUGGCUUCCAGGUGAAGAGGCCUGGGGAUGUCAGUGUGCGGUGCACAUUACUCCUCAUGUUGGAUUACCAGCCCCCCCAGUUCAAGCUGGACCCGCGGCUGGCCCGCCUCCUGGGCAUCCACACGCAGACACGCUCGGCCAUCAUCCAGGCCCUCUGGCAGUACAUCAAAACAAACAAGCUGCAGGACUCCCACGACAAGGAAUACAUUAACUGCGACAAGUACUUCCAGCAGAUCUUUGACUGUCCACGGUUAAAGUUUUCUGAGAUUCCCCAGAGACUCACUAACCUGCUGCUGCCGCCAGACCCAAUAGUGAUAAACCACAUCAUCAGUGUUGACCCCAACGAUCAGAAGAAGACGGCUUGUUAUGACAUAGAUGUAGAAGUUGAAGACCCAUUAAAGGGCCAGAUGAGUAGUUUUCUUCUCUCAACAGCUAACCAACAGGAGAUAACAGCAUUGGAUAACAAGAUUCAUGAGACAAUUGAAUCCAUAAAUCAGCUAAAAAUACAACGUGAUUUCAUGCUGAGUUUCUCCAAGGAUCCCAAAGGAUACAUCCAAGACCUUCUCCGGUCCCAAAGCAGGGAUCUUAAGGUGAUGACUGAUGUGGUUGGAAACCCGGAGGAAGAGCGCAGAGCUGAAUUUUAUCACGAGCCAUGGUCCCAAGAAGCUGUGAGCAGAUAUUUCUACUGCAAGAUCCAGCAGCGCCGACAGGAAUUGGAGCAAUCUUUGGGAGUGCGUAACACAUAAGUACUGCUCACAAGAUUCCAUUGGCAUCGCGACCACCAAACCAGUGGACUUCUCAGUGUUACUUAGCUCACUGUUACACAUGGACCUGCUUCCUGACUGGAUGAGAACGUGCCGUCAGCACACCAGUCAGAACACCAGCUUUAGAGUGACCCUUGGAAAUCUUGCCCAGGACAGGUGUCUCAAACCAUUCCAAGCCAGAGACAGCACCAUACAAGUGUCAGUGUGAAAGAAGACUAAAGGUUCACUCAUCAACGCACAUUGUUCAGUUUUAGUGGAAAGUUAGACACUACACAGCAAAUCCUUAUGGGCUAUGCUUAGAAUCAUGGGUGGCACCGAUGGUGGAGGUUGAGAUAGGUGUUCUAGGAGACUACAGAUUUAGAGAAAUAAAUGCAGCUCUUACCCUAUGGUACCCAAGAGUCUCAAACAGUAACUUAUCUGGAAUUAGACAAGAUAGUCUUUCUUAUAGCUGUGGGAUGCUUUAUAUUCCUGAAUAGAGUUUUUAUUUCAGCCAGACCAAUGCAAGAAGCUUUCUCACCCUCUGAAAGAACAAACUAGGAGCAUUUGCAUCCUGGAGUGCAGACCCCGUCUGGAAGAAAGACGUAUAGUCAGGCCAUCUCUUCUGCAGGUGCAAAUAAUUUCUCUUCCCCCUGUCCCGGCAGUGAAAGGCGGAUUGAAUCACAUAUCACUAGAUGGGUAUGAUCUGUACACUGUACUGAGAGAAAGAGAAUAUUUCCUGGGAUAAGAGCUUCUUAUGCAUCCUUAAUAUCAGUGG